AUGCAUUACGCAUACGCAUACGCACUGUUAGCCGUUGCAGUGAGCGCAUGGCUGCCACAAUCGGAGGCAACUAGGCGCUACGAUUUCUUUGCACGCACCGGCGAUAAUCUCGUCCGUUUGCCCUUCUUCGGCGGCGGCGUGGCUCAGCUGCUGCGCUACCUGCGGCCCAUGGAGCAGCCCGGUGGUGGCAUGGGUCGACGCUCUGCCCUGCGCGCCUCGCUGGACGAGAACUAUGUGAGCUAUCGCGGCGCUCAGCUCUGGAAGCUCAACUUCAAUGGCACUCGCAAAUUGGGCGACAGCUCACCGGAUGCCCAGUUCAACAUGAUGUUAUUGUUGGCUUUGUGGUUGGCACCACUGGCGACUGCUGGUGGUGCACAGUGGCUGUUGUGGCGCAGUGUCGCGGUGCCGGGUCUGACGACGUUGCCCGAGUUGUGGACGCUCAACAGCAGCGAGCUGUACGAGGCGACCUUUGAGAGCUUGCAGUGGCUCUCGCCCACCGAUUUGCGACGUUUCGAUUUCUUAUCGCCGAGCUCUACAUAUCAGAUCAAUCGACGCUAUCGCAAUGAUGCCUCAGUGAUACGAUAUUAUGGCCAUCAGCUGUGGAAACUGCACGAAACGCGUCUCAAGCAGCCGAAACUACGCGCAUUUCUGCGACACUUUGGCAGCGAGGUGUGGAACGUCAAUCAAGAUGGCAUCGACGUGAUCAUCGAGCACAAGAACGUGGCUGCCGCCCAGCAGUAUAUGAAGCAGACCGCAUUCAGCUACAACAUCAUGAUCGACGAUCUCGAGACGGCCAUCGAUGAGACCUACACGGAGAUCAACGAAUCGGACACCGACCAGGACAACCCUCUGGCCAACUACUCUCUGCCGUGGCUAAAUCGCGAGGGUGUUCUCCUCACCUGGCGUCGCUAUCAUGAUCAGGCAGACAUGCAGCAGUUCCUGCAGAACGUAUUAGAAACGCAUUCCGAGCUGGCGGAGAUCGUGCAAAUAGGUGUCACACGCAACAAGCGACCGCUCGAGGUGCUCAGAGUCUCGAAUGGCAAUCCAAAUAAUUUUGCUGUCUUUGUGGAUGCCGGAAUGCAGGCGCGCGAUUGGCUCAGCCCGGCGGCGCUGACCUAUGCCAUCUCGAAGCUGACCUGGCUGUGGGACCACGGUCAAGUGGACAAGGCGAUGCGUCACAUCGACUGGUACUUCCUGCCGCUAGCCAAUCCCGAUGGCUACCAGCAUUCGCGGCUCACCGAUCGACUGUGGACCAAGAAUCGCAGCUAUGACACGGCCACCGGCUGCUACGGCGUCAACUUGGAUCGCAACUUCGAUUAUAGCUGGGGCGAGGCGGGCGCCUCAUCAAAUCCGUGCAAGAAUCUGUAUCGGGGCGCAAAAAGCUUCUCUGAGCCGGAAACACGAGCCAUGCGCAGCUUUCUGCUGGGCAUGCGCGACUAUUUGGGCGCAUAUGUCUCCUUCGGUGGCUACGGCCAGGCGAUCACCUAUCCGUGGGGCGACGCCGACUAUGUGACCAGCAAUCAGCGCCAGCUGCGCCACACAGCUCGCCAGGCCAUCCUCAACUUCCGUCGACUGAACCACGCCGAGUACAGCAUGGGCAGCAGCUAUCGCCAGAAGCUGGCGCGAUCGGGCAACGCGGCCGACUGGGUGCAGCAGCACAUCGAGCCGCAAUUCGUGUACAACGUAUUCCUCAAGGAUCAGGGUCGUUAUGGCUACCUAAUGCCACCACACUACAUACUCGAGUCCGGCGAGGAGGUCUACGAAUUCCUAAAGACCAUAGCUCAGCAGUUGCAAUAA